AAUUAUGAAUUAUAAAGCAUGUUAUCUAGAAAAUCUCAUGUAGAAUUUUUGACAUGAGCUGAAUGCUGGAAAAAAAAAAUCGUUGGUAUAGUUAUAGAUCUUCUCAUUGAUAAAUCUCAUCGUUACUUAACCUUCCAAAAAUUAAUCUUUUAUUCUACUAAUGACAUUGCCAGGGAAAUAUUGUAUCUCAUAGACUGUCCAAAUAAAAUGAUUGUGAAACUAUAUAUGAUUUUCCGCGCGCUCCAGUUAUUAUUUUUACGUAGGUAUUAUAUCUUAUCAACGUUUUUUGACAUCCCAGCAUUCUUUUUCUUAUAAAACUGAGAUUCAUGCUUUGUUCAAUCGAUAAAUAAAUAUUAACAAUUUCUAUCUCCUGAUGCUUCGAGAGAAUAACUGUUUGUCUCGGUUGUUUCUUAAAGAAAAUAUUAUUGCUAUUACUUCAACUCACCGCUACAGCUUUCGUAACGACGACACCGCGAUGAAGGGGCGGCUGAAGCGGGACGAUCGGGGGAGACCGAUACCAAUAUGGCAGAAGGGAGCCCAGCAUGGCAGUCAUCUCCUAAUCAUCGUCAGUCAAUAUUUGACGGGCUCGCGGAUCAAAUCGAAGCUUCGAUCUCGCGCUACCAGACGGCAGCUUCAACGACGAUCAUCGAGCGACGACGACGACGGCGACGAUCACGACGACGACGACGACGACGACGACGACGACGACAAGAGCAGCAGGCAUUCCUCUCGCACUCCACGUAGAAACGCACCUGUGUCAAGCGCGCGCCGCGUGCGUGUCUCGCUCACAGGCUCACUCGCGAGAAUCGAACGGAACAGCGCGAGAACGAGGAGCGAGCUCCGAGAACGUCAAGAGUACCUCGUGGAGUUUGUGACGAUCAGGAACCGCAAUCAGGAUACAGACGGUGCUUUUCUCCUCAUAUUCGAGCUUCGUCGACUCGACGCGAUGAAAGAGACGCUAAUAAAGCAGGAGAUCAAGAUGGAAUGGGAGGGUCACCACGCGGACGACAGUUCGCCGCAAGUUCCUGGAACGAAAGAUCAAGCAGCAUCCAGUCCCCAAAGCGUGAUAACGACUAGAAGACACGUUAGAACAAUCACUACCGCCGGUCACAUAACCGAGGGAAUCGCCGAAGUCGAUCCGGAAUCGCCGGACUCCCAUUCGGUCACCGGAAAUCUCCAUCAGCAGAGAAACGAGCGGCAACACGAGCAGGCGCACCAGCGUAAUUAUCAGGACGAGCAGGCUCAUCAGACGCAUUACGUGCAGAUCUCUCAUCCGGCCGAGGUUCAACAACGAGCGGCGGAUCAGCAACGCGUCGUUUACGCCACUAGCAACGGCCAGGAGGUACGGGUCGAAGUUUCGGAAAACUCCGAGGCUACCAUCACGCUUACGGUCAAGGAACCGCCCAGAUACGAGACUCCCGCGCCGGACGGUACCGAGAUAGAUCGGUACGCGAUGUCUUACCCGGACAGUCACGAGGUACGAAGGGAGAAUCAGGUCAUCGCCGUACAAAUGCCCGAUCAUCGGCGAGCCCAGCAUCAGGCCGGGCAUCAGAGAUUCAGUCCGCACGACAAUCAUCAGGCGAGGUAUCAGACAUCGCCGGUUCUCACCGCCACAACAGAGGACUACGACGCCACGACGAUUGCCACGACGAUCGCCACGACGAUCGUCACGCAACCGGGAUCCACGGUCCAUCUGGGAUCACCCGCGCCGCCGUAUUCGCCGCCCAUGGACGGCAUUCGUUCCGGCCAGCAGCAACCGCAGCAACACCUCGUGCCGACGAACUAUUCCGACGCCAGUGGCGUCGUCAAGUACGACCCUCCCGAGUCCGCGGCAGCCGUGGAAACCAUCAAAGGCCCGAACACGUACACCACCCUGGAGACAGUCGCCAUUCCACCCACGCAAAACGUUCAAUAUACGCAAUAUUUGUCGGCCAGCGAGACGUUUCAGCAGGCAUCGACUUACAGCUACGCCAAACCGGGAGAUCCCGUGAUCCUGGCGUAUCCAUCGUCAACGCAUCUCGGAUCGAGAAUGACUGAGAAAGAUACAAGAUCCACGUUCCAACAGGUGGAAUCACCCGGCAGCGCGUUCAUGAAAGGUGAUCCGACGUUGACGUCAUCCUUGACCUCUACUCGAGCGAUUCCACUGCAUUACGAUCAACCCGGUUCGCCGGGCUCUCAAGUGACGUUGUACAGCGCAGGACCGACGUCGUAUCAAUACGUGAAGCAACCCUCGGGCGAUCCUUACUGGCCAGCCGGUAGCACACCCUCGCCCCCGACUUUGGAAUACGUCCCGAGUUAUCCGAGCAUCACCGCCAUCUCCGUCGCCGACGCCACCAACAUGCAGCUGUACUCGGGCGGUGGGUACAGCGUCUCCGCGAGCGGGGGCGGACCACCCUCGGCGUGGACCACCCUUCCGCUUCCCGGUACCGACGAGGCCUUCGACAAUGCCGUUAUGACGACGGAGCCUAAGGAAUGCGCCAACUGCGCGGCCAACAUGACGCCGUUGUGGAGACGGGACGGUACCGGCCACUAUCUUUGCAAUGCCUGCGGCCUCUACAGCAAGAUCAACGGGGUCAACAGACCACCCAUGAGAUGCCCCAAGCCGAAGCAGUCCGUCACGCCGGUAAACAUUACCGGCGUACGGAGGACAGGAGUGCAAUGUGCAAAUUGCAGAACAAACAAUACGACCCUUUGGAGACGAAACAACAAUGGCGAGCCAGUUUGCAACGCGUGCGGACUUUAUUUCAAGCUGCAUAAUGUGAACAGGCCGUUGAGCAUGAAGAAGGAAGGAAUACAGACGCGAAAGCGGAAACCAAAGAAUCACUCGGGAUCUAUCACUGGAAAUCUACCCGGACCCAGUGGUAUCCACAAGACCGAGAUGAAGUCCAACCUACUUGUGGACUCGUUGCAGUUGAACGCAAUAUACACAAGCGGGGGCGGGGGUGGUGGAGGGGUCGAAGAGCACUGUCUUCCCGUAGGUACACCAACUGGGACGCAAUUAGGGCAUGCACACUCGCCCCUCGCAUUACCUACCGCCGCCGUGUUGAAUCGCCAAACAACCCUUACCGUGCCACCACUAGAACCAAUCACUAGUCAGUCCAACAGUGACCUUGCCUCGGUUAUAACGUCCACUACGACAGCACAUUCCGAGAGAUCGUAGAAAACCGUUUCGUUCUUACCGACUUGAAAACACUUGCCGACUGCAGCUGCAACAAUAAGCUCUGUGGAAAAAAAUUCUGGCAAAGGAAUAUCGACUUUAUCAUUGCUUAUCGGCAUCGUCGCUUAUCGACAAAAGCGCUGAUCGUUAAAAUAUAGACAUCCUAUAUAAAUACAAAAAAAUAGCAUGUACUUAUAAAUGUCCGUAUUCGUUAGAUCAUUCAGUGCAAUGCUGAGGAAAAUCAUUUUAUCACAAUCCGAUACGAAAAAUGAAACUCAAUGCUAAACAAUGCUGCACAGUGUCAAUGGGAAGUGAAGAAGUUUAGUAUCCUAGAUGUCUAAUUAUCGCCAAUUUGGGAUUAGGAAACAAUUAUUAAAAUUAUAUAUGUGUUCCUAUCGCUUAUAUAUUUAUAUUUAUUUAGUCAAGUAUUAGUUUUAUUUAACAGUCUAUAUUCCAGCGUUUAAGAAUUAAGAAGCGUGGGAUUGUAUAAUCGAUGCAGCAUUUAUUCUAUUAUUAUCUCUUUGCGCUUUAUAUUAAUUAUGUCGAUUUUAUAAAAUAACGUUCGCACACGUUCCAUAUAUAUAUAUACAGUCUCCCGAUUACCGAUAUUGUAGACUGCUUCGUCUCAGAAAAUACCUGAACUGAUACGCUCCCUGUUAGAAGAAGCGAAAGAUACUAUUAUCGUGUCGAGAAAAAGAAAUUUAUCAACACUUCACGGAUUGUGUUAAAUUUCAAUUAAAGUUAACUUGAGUUUUCUGUUUUAUAUAAAGACAGAGAUUCUAAUUCCAACCAUACAUUUUAUUAUGUCAUUGAUUAUCUAUUUGUACAACAGAUGGAUUUUUUUCUCGUAAAGGUGACUUGAUUUUUUUUCGCCACGUUUACGGCAAUGCAACAUACAAGACAUUCCAAAUGAUUAAUCUGUAUUUAUCGUGCGAUUUGUACUUAAUACGUGACACGUGCAUGUAACCUGGUUCAGCUCGAUAUUGUAAAUAUAUAUUUACAUCGCGUGAUCCAAAGAUAUAUAUAUAAUAUAUAGAGAUGUAUAUUUUGAUUUUCUCCAAAGAGUAAUAUAUAUAUAUAUGUAUAACUAACUAUAUAUUUAGACAUUUUCUGCACACAAAUGGGUCCUUUUUAAAUAUAAUAUUUUUCAAAAUGAGAUUGCAGAUCUCUUUCUCUGAUCGACAAUAUUUACAUUGCAUGUAAUGUAAUGAUAUGUUGAGUAUGCAAGUAUAUUUUGCCACAGUAUCAUCAAAUAGAAUCAUAAAUUAUAAACGGAUAAACGUAAUAGUAAAUUCUUAGUUUUCCUCCUUCUUUUUUUAAUAUUAUUUACGCUUUGACAUUCCUAAUUAAAAAACUGCAAAUUGAGGUUCUUUCACAAGAGCAAAGUCUCCGGCAGCAGUUCGUUAAGUUUCCAAAAAAGUUCCCGAAAAGAUAAUGUCUAUCUGUAACUCAUCCAGUGAUGCGUGACUUACUAACUAAAGCAUUUAUCGUGCGAAUAGAAUAAAUUAUUUAACAUUGCACAUAUCCGUUACACGAGAGUCUAGAUAGCAAGUAUUUAUAUCGUCGCAGUAGAAAUGCACGAAUUAAUUCCGAAAUUACCGUACAUUUUGUUUUAUAUUAAUAAUCUGUACAUCGUAUAAUAAAUAAGCAUGUGAGCUAUAAAGCCGAGUACAAAGCGCGCAAAUUUCACCGUCGUUAAUCAAACUGUGUACCAUUCUAACUCGUUUCUCUUCCAUCAUAGAGGAACGUCACGAUAAUACUUUUACUACUUCAGAUGAAACAUAUUUUUUAUCAAUAGACUCUUUACCGAAUUUUUACAUCCUGUACAUUGUAAUAAAAAAAAAAAAUAUAAGAAUAAAUAAAUGUUACUAAAAUUCGCGUGGAUUUAUAAUAGAGAAUUAUUAAAAAAUAUAUUUAAUAGUGCUUAUGUGCACAUAUAUGUGAGUAAAAUUCUUUUUUCGUAACACAUGCUAAAUAAAAUACAAUAAUUCACACACACACACAUAAAGACACGGCGACAAUACGCGAACGCGAUGGGAGUACGACAAAGGUAGAAAGCUGGACCGCAAGCAGGAAGGUGACAGGCAAAGAGAGAGGCAGAGGGUGCACGAGGGAAACGGGGAGAGGAAGGACGAGAGUCCAUCAGCCUAAAGAGCGGCUAUCGUGCCGGCUAAGGGCUAUUCCAUGUUAGCCGUUCUCGCCGGGCUCUUUUUUUUUCCACCUCUUCUUUAUUCCCCUCCGGGACUUUUUAUACCGUGGCGCAAACCUGGCGCCGCCCUCUCGACGAUCCCCUUCCCCGUCGUCGAUCCGCCGUUCCGAGAGACACUUCUACCCAUCGUUUCCGAUCCUGGACUCUUUCGCCCGGUCCUUCUUCCACCGAGAGUUUCUCUCCCAGUCGUCCCCUCCCCUCUUUCUCGCCAUCGACUCCCUUUCGUACAUUUUUUUUUUCGAAGGAUCGUAUAAUUUAUCGUUUUUGGUACGCGUCUCGUUGCGGGUUUCCACGAAGUUCGGCGCGCGGAGGCUGAGUGGGAGAGAUGACGAUUUAUCGUCGGCAGCGAUUCGCGAGCGUAAAAAAAAGAUGUUCUUCGUGAAAAGUUUAAGAUGGGCACGAUAAUGUCGCGAACGAGCUCUCGUUUUAAUCGCUCGUGAUUUAUGCGAAGUUGCGGGAUUACGGGAGAGAAACAGAGGAUGAAGAUCCACGGAUUCAUAAUUGAGAAAUUGGAGAUUCUAAUGUCUCUCUUCUUGUGUAAUAGCCGAGAAGAAAAUCAUAUCGUCGAUGUCUUUUCUUCUCGGUUUAGUAAAGACGAGAUUAGAUGCACGCAUCGUUCGCUUUCUCUGUUGUAUGUGUGCGUGCAUGAGCGAUGAUAUUUAUUAGAAAUAAAUCCCGGUGAAAGCGUAUAAUAAAGCAAAAAUAUUUUCGCCGAGGAUUGAUAACUUCUCGGCUUGAAACAACAAAAUAAUGUUCAAUUCGGCCGCGUUCUUUUUAUUAUUCGUUCUUCGAACAGAUUUCCAAAGAUUUUAUUCGUGGAAACCGAAAAUUCAUGUUGAGGCGAUAUAGUUGUAAGAUAAACGUACGAAGGUACGUAAAUAGAGAUAGGAAAUGAAAAAAUAAUAUCAACA